UCCGCCUGUCAACAGCGAAAAUCGCGCGCGCGUUAACGGACUCUCUUUUCUAGCUUUUCGGUCGAUCGGGAAAAAAGGCAAAUUCUUUCUCUUCCCAGUGGUGGUUGUUUUUGGAAAAUUCGUUCCAUACCGUAAGCCCGGACUCUUCGUUCGACGACGAACGACGGCGGGGGUAGUAGUAGUUGUAGUUUCGGACGCGGCUGCAUUGGACGGUUAAAAAACGCUGGUGGAGGUGGGAAGCCGAACCGAGUGAAUGAAACAGAACGACCCUCGGUGCACCACCGAAUCUGACGGCUGAAUCCGCUGGGCCAUUCGGGUGUCCUAUAGCGCGGCGCGCAUACAGCUAAAGACACACACUCGAAAAAAAAGGGGGGCUGUGAGAAAGUGCAAACUUCUCCGAGCCGCCGCGGACCUCCACGGGCAGGAGUAGAACGGUUAGUCGCGGGAGUGCGAGCGAGAGCAGGCAUCAAUCGCGGCACUCGGCUCGAAAGAAGAAGUUGUUAAUAUAUAACAAGUUGCAUCAUAGUCUUAAGACUUCAGUCUUAAGAAAGUGAACCGCCAAUAAACAUCUUUCGCAAAAAGAACAACACAAUACGUAGCAAAACAUCGGCCCGCGACGACGAGGGUGCAUUCCGUGCGCGCAAUCUCGGGUUAUUUUUGAAAUUUUACCAUCCUGAUCGGGUUCGUGGGCAGUGCAAGUCGUCAAGGUUUUUCCGGGAUCGAGCAGCCGUCCGGAACGCUGAGUCAUCCCUUCGAAUUGAAAAAAAGGAUAUUUUGAGGAUUACAAUGGAUUACUUUUAUUUCUGGAUAUAUAAUCGACAAAAGUGAAAAUGUAAUUUUUGAACAGAAAAUAGGAGACGGUGAAAAGGUGAAAUGGACUGUUUAACUCCUUGAAUAAAGUGAUACAGGAUGCUGGCGGACUGAUUGAGUGGAAGUGCAAUAAUCAAGGAAACAAAAGUGCAAUUUGACAAUUCCUGGGAGAAAAAAGAGUGCAAUUUUGGGAAAAAUUUCGAAUCUUGAGAACAUCAACUGGAAGAAGUGUAUUGGUGGUGAAUUUUCUGAAGAGAAAAAUAUGGAAUCGCCUCAAAUGUACGAUACAACUCAAAUUCAAGUGCGCAGUGAUAUCAAGAAACUUACAAUGGCAGCCAAUAACAGCAACACCGCCAACAACAAUAAUGCAGCAACACCGAACAACAACAAUUCACCAUCGGCGGUCAAUCAAAAUACUUUGGCCCUUAAGCAGCAGCAACAACAGCAGCAGCAGCAGGCACAACUGAACCAGAGCCUGCAAACCAACGGAAACGUGUUAACCAAUGGGAACCUUCUAUCGAAGCAGAUGCUGCAGCAAAUUCAGUACUCGCAAAGCGAACUGGAUGAGCUUACAUCUCAGGAAAUUUCACUGGACCUCCAGCAUCUGAUCGAUGAUCAGUUCCGUGAUCCGGAGGCCCUCGGAAUCUUCACCGAAAUGGUUACCGUCGGCAGUACCAACGGUAGCGUGACAAAUCCCCUGGUUCAGACAGCAGCUGCUAAAGCUCUCCAGCUACAGCAGGCUCGACUGUCCCAGCAUACCAACGGGAACACCAACUAUCAACGAUCUCUGGCUUACAUGCCACAGCCGGUGCACACAGGUGCCGCCUAUGCGAACAACUCCAGCGACGAGAACAGCAGCGUCGGAUCGUCGGAUUCGGCCAACAUCAAGGAAGAACCGGUCGAUCCCAACGAAUACCGCCGUCAGCUCCAGCAGGCAUCCGGGGCACAGUUCAUAGGCAACACCACCUACCAACUGGCAGGAGGUGGUGCCGCGGGAGGUGGUGGCGGAAUCGGAACGGGCAACUACGUGACCAACGGAAAUGGCAACACCUUCUCGAACCUGACUCCUGCUACGGUCCUGCAUCACCAAUCACUGCCGCAUCUGGCCGGGGCAGCACACCUGGCGAACCUCACCAAACAUAACAAGCUGCUUCCGCAUGUGUCCCGCAAAUCCCAACAGAAACACAUCGACAAAGGUACGGACGAAUAUCGGCGGAGGCGCGAACGAAACAAUAUCGCAGUGCGGAAGUCCCGAGAAAAAGCCAAAGUGCGUUCCCGGGAGGUGGAGGAAAAGGUCAAAACACUCCUCAAGGAGAAGGACGUCCUGCUGCGAAAGAUCGAGGAGAAGAACAACGAGAUCCAGCUUUACAAGCAGCUCUACAUGCAUCUGAUGAAUCACAGCAACCCUGAGAUCAAUCAGAUCUGUCGCAGUGCGCUGAAUCUUUCAAACAUGGGUGAUCAUAUGUAGGAUUAGUGGCUGUUUUUUUAUGUAACCAACGUACCCCCCACCCCUUCCUCCGCCCCUCUCGGGUGCCUUUGUCUUCUCUCACUCCUACUCAUCCGAGCUCCACCACUGUUCCUCACACCUCACACAAACAUAUGCAACGCGCGACUAGAAGAAAAGUGGUCUAUCUAUCUAGCUUGUAGUAAAUUAAAUCGCAAAAACGCAUUAUUUAGUGAAAUUUAGCCGAGUGUGAAAAGUAUGUAAAUAUUAAUCGGGCAAAAAACAAACGGAGAACUAGGUGUGAACGCAUGCAGCAAUGGUCCAAUCCCUUACAUUUGAUGAUCGUUUCUAGUACCAAAGACAGUAUGUGUAAAAAAAUGUGUAUAAACGUGCGGACUGCAAUGUCCCUUCUCCCACGAUGGCAAAGAAGAGAAUAUGGUAAAGCAGUGCGAGGCAAUGAGCGUUACUUGAUUCGAAAAUGAAAUACCUGUAAAUAGGCUUAAUCAUCUUUUUUACCAAUGUACAUGCUGAAGUGUGUGCGAGAAAGUUAGACGUGGGACAGCUUUGACAAGACUUGUUUUUUUUACUUCUACUAUUACCUUCAUUUUUACCAUAUUCAUAAUAUUAUUCGAUUUGUGAAUGUUGAAUAAAUGUUAGCAAAACAGAAUACUGGCUUAGAAGCGGAGUGUUAUGUUUGAUCGACAGAAAGAAAAGGUUCUAUUAUUUUGUUCUACCCUCUUGAUCGUACAUAAAUGUUUAGUUUGUUUUGUAGUAAAAAAUAACCUCCCUUUCUGCGCAAAAAAUAACAGCAAAAGAAACCCAAGGUCAGUCGUAGAGUACGCCUCAGAUAUUCGCUUCCGUUUCGCCAUCGGAUGCUAUAGCCUAUGCUGAGUGAAAGCGCGAAUGUUUAAUACCACCUUCAUCCCUAACAGUCCCUAAUCGAAACGCUAGAAGAAAGAAAAAAGUGAAUGCUAGAAAACCAGAAGUUACCAAUCUCAGUCCGUUAAGGUUCGUUCGUGUAAGUAGAACUAAAUCGUGUAAAAAUCUCAUCCUCUCAACCAGUAUAAAAUAAUGCAAUUCGAAAAGACAUUGCCUAUAUUCUAACUGCUGCUAAUGUAUACGUUGAAACAAAAGUCGAACAGCGUUCGGAAACUCUUUACAAUAAUUAUAAAUUUCAAUAUCUGGAGCUGAACCAAGAAGUGUAACACCGCGCACGGUCGUUGCAAACUAGGCUAAUUUUGCAUAGAGAAAGUGAUGUAGAAUUUUAAUUCGAAAAGUAGCGAAAAAAAACGAAAGUGAACUAAAAAGCAAACACAAUCACACUGACUUACAACAACAAGACUCGACCACCGCAAGGUGAAAACUAUAACUUUAUACAUAUAUAUUUUUCGAUACAUAUUGAUGUCCACAGAGUGUAAAUGAUAGUUCUAUAUUUUGCUACUACGGUAUAAAAACAACACACAAAGCCAAUAGCAUUGCUGGAUAGGGACAACCCGAAACCGAUUCGUUACCAUUUAGGCUCGUAAUUGUAACACACGUGUAGCGUUCUAGUUAGGCUAGUGGAAUUCUGGAUGUUCUAUAACCAUUGUUCUUUCAUAUAUUUUUUUUUUUUGUUUUCGUUCGGUAUCAGUUGUUAAGGAAGCAAACCGAAAACGGGGAUACGAGUUAAACUAGUUCUUUUCAAACAAGACUCUCAAAUUUCUAUUAUUAUGAAAACCCUACACAAACACCGAGAAAAAGGAAGAAGAUAAAAAAAGAAACAAAAAUAUACAAAACACACGCAAACCAACCUACCAAGAACUGUAUUUCUCUCAGCUUGAAAAGUCUGUUUUGAAAAUAAGC